UAUCGUUUCUGAAAAUGUCACAGGAUUGAAAUAUCUUCGGUUAAAAGGAAUAAAGUAAAACGCGAGACAUGUUUCAUUGGUUUUUUACAAUAGUUUAUUAUUGGUUACACUAUUUUUACUUUUUACCUUAUUUAUAGAAGUUAUAUGAAUGUAUUUAUUAGAAAACAACCUCAGUAGAGAUAGAAAGAUAGAUACUUAAGUAAGUGUAUAAUUAUAAUAUUAUUAAUAUAUCAGAUUAUCACAGUGUCAUAGUCAGUCAUAGAUCACAUAGUUUAGAUAUAUCGGGGACUGCGUUCAAGCCAUAUGAUUUAUGAAGUAAAUAUAUAGUGUAAGAAGACAAAACAAUAGGCAACAGAAAAAUCUAUAUGUAAAAAAAGAAAACUUACAUUUUUGAAGAUCUAAAUGUAGCUCAAAGUUCAAAACAGUAACAGGCUACAUUGACAUUAUUCAGAUUGUUGUUUAUUAUUGUAUUGUGCUGAAGAAGGCAUGGAGCCAAAACUUCAGUUUAAUUGUUGUGUCUAUUAUUCAAGCCUAAAAUAUCUUGUUACAGUUAUGUAUAUAACAGCCAAGUUAAUAUAAUGAUUACAUUAUUUAAAUCAUUAUGGUUUUGGUAGGGUAAGCUGGUGAAUCCAUGUACUGGCAUAUGUGCAACGGUUGGGGAUGCAAUGCUGGUAUUUUAACGGCUCCUAGCGGAUGCUUGGGCAGUUUUGAAGCUCUCAAUUGAUGUUGACGGCGGUAUUGUCCAGGUGGUUCCAAGCGAUGAUUGUGCGUGGGAAAAUUAUUUUUUAUAUUGGACUGUGUUACACUGAGGCACAGUGAAGCAUUAAAAUUUACUAUUGUUCCAGAUGUAAUUGAUUAUGGGUUUCUUAGAAGUGAAGUCAGUGUUUAGUGAGUGUUUGGCUCUGAUUAAGUGACCUGGCUUCUGUGGGAUGAGAUAAUAUGUGUUUGCUGGGAUUGUUGCUAUCCUUUAUUAGUAAUAGCCAAUCUAAAUUUUUUCAAAAGUAGUUUAAAAUGGCUUUGUCAUUGUUUUUGCCUUUGUCUGAUUUGAUGAAAAAAAUUAAUGCUUGUAUAAAUUGAAUUAUUUUUUCUUUAACUUCCAUUUAAAGUAAUUAAUUCUUUUUUUAUCAACCAUUUGUUUUUUAAACCACAAUUUCCUACCACUUAAUUCCCUUUUCACAUUGGGCAGCUUAGGAACUUAACAAUUUUACAACAAAGUGUGACAUGGAUUGAGAAAUAAAUGUGAUGCAACACUAUUGCUCAUGUUAAAGUAUUUUUUUUUUAAAAUUUGAAAACCUUAUUUGACUCAUCAUAUCUGUUCCUGAGAGUGAAGGUGUAUAAUUAAAUAAAUACUGAAAUGGAUAAAAAUAUAAAUAAUCAAUUUUUUACAUGAAAUACAGAAAUUAGAAUAAUAUUUAAGCUAUAGGAAAAAUGUAUAAGGAAAUGAGCUUAUAAGGUGUGUUUUCUGUCUUAAAAAAAAAAAUUUCAGAAAGUAUUGCAAUUACUAAAUUAAUAUUGUAACUAUGCCUACAGUUGGCCGAUGAUACAGAUAAUUUAAAUGGGAGUACUAUUUUGGCUCUAAUGGGACAAACUUAUACAGAGGUUCCACUGUACUUUUAGAUUUACUAAAGCAAAUUCAGUGUAUAAAAGAAAAUUAUGAUAAGGAGAUUAUGAAAUUUGUGAAGUCACACAUAAUUUUUGUGAUGUUGGCUGUAGGCAGAGUCAGAAAAUUGUGUUUGAAAUCAAAUGUGAGCCACUCCACCAUAUUUAUCAACUACCACUAUUAACAUUGUAAAAGAGAUUACUUACAAUUUAAAAAAAAAUUAUUUUGUAUACAACAUACUACCUGCAUUAUUCAAAUUCUAAACUAUUUUCUUAAGCUCUGGCUUAGCUUCAUUUCCCAUGGACCAAACAGUUGUGACAAAGGUUUUGACUCACGAUGCAAUUAACUUGGAGAGUCAAGAUAACGAUAAGAAGCCAAAAAGCCCUUUACUUUUAGCAUUGCCAAGAAGUAAAGCUUAUCCCAAGCAAACCCUUUUUGGGACUGUCCUUGAAAAAGUAGACAGAGACAGCUUAAAAAACUUUGAAGGAAAAUACAUUCCAGAAGGGUACAUCAGACCAACACAGGAAAGAUUUCCUUUACCAAAACAUUUACAAGAUGCUCUUCCAGGUUUUGUAAUGCUUUUAAAUGCAUCUAAUGUAAUCUUAACAAUUAAUUAAUUUCAAAGCCUAAAUUUAACGUAUGCCACUGUAUGUGAUUGAGAAGUGAAUGUUUAUUGGGAACUGGUAACUAAAUCUAUAUAAAUUAUAAAUACAAAAUUAACUAUUUUUUUAAAACAAAGAGCUAUGUUUUUUGAGAUUUUUGUAAUGUUUCACAGUAAGGUUCAUAAUGAGCAAUUCUAAUAAAUUAAUUUGAAAACUAAUUAUUACAUUAGUCUAGUGACUUGCUUCAGAGUUGGUGGUUAAGAACAAUAGACAAUAGCAUGCUAAACUUUUUUUGAAAUAAACAUUCAUUGAUUCAUAGAAAACUGUCUAUAUCUGGUCACAGAUAUUAGAUUAUAAAAAAUACAAUUUUGUGUAAAAUGUAAACAUUCCCCCAAAUUUUCAAAAUCAUUUUAGGUGAAAAGUUUAAGACAUGCUGAUUUUGAUGGUCUGAUGUAUAACUUCAAUCUAAUGAUAGUAAAAAAAUCAAUAUAAUAAUAUUCAUUUCAAUAUCUACUUUUAAAUGACAAUAUCCAGUUGUUAUUGUUAUAAACAAUAUGAGGCCUAAAUGUAUUUUAUAUAGUGAAUUCUAUUUUCAUAAUAAAUUUAUUUAAAGAAUCUAUAUUUCAAAAAUAAAAAGUUUCAUUUUUUGCAGUUAAAACAGGUUCAUUUUUAUUAACAAUACUUUUUAAAAAUUAUUUUUUUUAGGAAAGGAAAAAUUAGAUAUUUCACGGAAAGAAAUAGUAAAACAACGUCAACUGUUGGCUGAUGUGAAUGAACAGCUAAGAGCUAAAACAGAAAAUGCUUUGACAUUUAAGCAAAACUUAACAUCACAAGAGGCCACAUCUCUUGUUUUGCCAGAGAGGCCAUCUUGGUUCUCAGAAAAGGAUUUGCACCAUUCAAAAGAAAUAAAUAGUGUGGGCCUCAAUGGAAAGGGAAGCUUUAAUAGAGACAGAUAUGGUAGUAAACCAGUGACACAUACUUAUGCUUUAAUUGGGAAUCCAUUAGCUCUGAAUAUGGAUUUCAAAGGGUACACUGAAAGGCAUGAUAUUCAAGAUGCCUACAAAAUCAAGCCGACUCAAUGGGGCACAGGUAGACAUUUGCCGUAUGACUUAAUGAUGCAAGCCAAUGCCUCAGGUAAUCCUCACCCCCAAAGUAUUAUAGACUUACCCCCUAACAUUCGACAUAAAUUUAGAAGCAGAGAGUGCGACCUUCUCUUGAGUGAUGAAAAUCUUGUUAGGGUGUCUCUUGAAAAACAAAAGUUGAGCUCUGGUCCAGUACGACCAUCUAAAAAAGAGAAUGUCCAGAGCUUACCUGUUGACUUAGAAGGAAAUUAUGAAGGUCUGGGCCAUAUGACCAGAUACAACGUUUGCCCAGGUGUUACGGCCGACCAUAAAAUCAGCAAUACAAAGCAGGAUUUCAAUGAUUUAGUUCACCUUAGACGUGUUCCAAACACAGAUGAAUUCCGCUACCAGAGAGAUGAACUAAGUAAGUUACAAGUAUUUUUUUCAGAACUCUAUAACCAUUGGUUAAUUGUCAGAUGACCUUAGUUAUCUACAGCAUUAGCUUAAUAUUUAACAGGGUAUCAUUUUUUGUGUGUGGCUAUGUAAAUAAAUAAGUUGUAACUUAAUUUAAAUAAAUAAUUUCUCGAAGAACUAUAUAUACCAUAGUUAAAAAUAAUUUUUGAUAAUUUUUAUUUAUUUUCCAGGCACUUGGGCAGAACAUAAUGUGUUACGAGACAGAAUGAAGAAAGCAUGGAAUGACAAGUAUCCUUUAGGUGGCAAGACUUAAUAUUUAUCUGGUGUGACUUAAAAAUCAGUGGACUGGUUCAUAUGGUGAAUUAAUUGUCACACAAUUCCCAGCCUCUGCUCACCAUUUGCAAAAACUUUUGCAGGUAUAAUAAAGUAAAAAUAAUUGUCUACUUGUAUGAAGCUGUAAAAAUGUAUGCUCUAUUCUUUGUGCAGUUUAUUAUUUACUUUUUUCAUUAUCUCAAGAGCUUUUAUUUGUAUAUAGUCUAUCAUAAUUGUUUAUAUAGUAGAGCAUUUUCUUUGAAUCUUGCAAUUAAAAAUAUAUAAAUUCAGGCCUCUAUACUCAAUAAGAAUUAGUUUUACUGGAUGUGAUGAAUUUAAAGGGAUAUAAUCCAUGGGUUGAUUUUUACAUUAAUUUUGUGUUAUAAAUAGUAUCAUGCAUUUUCCUCACUAAAAUGUGAUAUUUAUUAAAGUUUUAUUUGAAGUCACAAAAAUAAAGAUUUUGAA